AUGAAAGAAGUGGUAUCACCUAAGUCAGAUGCUGCAAGCUUAGCUACGAGUAAUGGAGAUGGUAGUAUUGUAACUCCGAAAAGUGGACAAGGUAGUCCGAAUAUGCUUAAAAUUUCGACCAUAAAUAACGAUAUUCGGAUCGGAAGAUCUCCCAGUAUAAAGAAUAAUGGAUUGGCUAGUUCAUUAUCUAAUGUUAGGAACAAUAGGUCUCCAAAUCAUAGUAGACAUGGGUCAAUUGCUGGUGAUGAUACCGAUAAGCUCGGACCGAACCAACUAGAAGGUUCUACCAACUUGCGCAAAUUGAGCAACGAACAGAUCAUCGAUCUUAUGGAAAAAGAGCAGGAUGGGAUUGUAGUAAAGCUUAUGAAGGACAUAAAUACGUUAAAACAAGAACUCCAUCAGUGGAAAACCGGCGUAAUGCCGGCACAACUCAGAUCGCCAUCAUUCGACCACAGGCUGUCUGUAGUAUCCAGUACAUCUUCGGUUGAUUCUGUGGAACGUGAGAGGAGCCGUAGAAGAUCUUCUAACGAAGCACCACCGGCAGGAUCUUUUUUUGACAAUGGGCAUUUGAUCUGUGAAAAUAAUAGGUUGAAGCAAGAAAACGAUCUCUUGAGACAAAAACUCAACGAGUUGAAUAAGCUAAAUAAGUAG